AUGACGCUAUCACUUUACCUAUGUCUUAGCUUCUCUCUGAUCAUGUGCGACUCGUUGAAUAUUUCUCCUCUCAAUCCCAAUAUCCACAGCUUUUUUUCUUCUAUUCUCAACAAGAUGCAGCGUGUUGGAUCUCUGCUUGUGACCCUCUUCGCGGUCACCGACGCUGCGGCACCCCUUCGGGUAAAGGUAGCUGGUGCAAAUCACUAUGCCGCAGGUGCGAAGGAUAUCGCUGCGCUGGAGAGCCGCGUGGUAAACUUCAUGGCCGCUACCAUGAGCAAGGGCAGCUUUCUUCAGGGCAAAGGCGGCAUGGCUACACCGGGUAGCGGCGUGAAGCACGCGCUUUUUCUGACGCAGCCAAUGAGGUCUCCCAGUGGAGUGAAAAUCAACGUUGUGGAGAAAAAGCCGGAAGCUACUGCAUCGGCAGCUGCCGACGCACAACAGGCGGCAUUCAAUAUGGAAGCCUUUGUCGCUGGACUGUCUGACCUUGCGGGUUCCGGUCGCGCAUCCUUUGUCGCUUCCGACUCUCUUGAGGGACUGGUCAACCGGGGUACUAUGGCGCGAGUUGCAACGCUGGGUGCGUAUCAAACGAUUUCGAUGCCCGUCCAUGUGCUGGCGGCGGUCGUGAAGAGCGCGUGCGGAUGCGUGGAUGUGUACACCGAAUCCAAGUGCCUGUUGGCAGCUAAUCCAGUGUGCCCCCCGUUGCACAGCCUUUUGCAGCGUGCUUUCGCCAUGCAGGAGCAGGUGUGGAAUGGCGUCAAGUUUACGACUGAUAAGGCAGGCAAGGUUGUUGGAAGCCCCCUCAUUGCCAGCCCCCCGUAA